AUGCUGACGUUGGCGAUGUCUGCUGCCGCCCUCGCCAGUCCAGAUGCGCGCAUGUCCGGCUGCUACGACCGCCUCGCCGGCCGGCUGCUCGCACGCCUCCGCCUCGGCGACGCUGCGGCCACCUCUCCAGAGCGGCCGUGGUGGGUUGCCAUUGCUGGCGGCCCCGGAGCGGGAAAAUCGUCCCUCGCGAGCGCCGUCUGCGAGCGCGUCAACGCGGUCUCGCCCGGCGCCGCCGUCGUCCUUCCGAUGGACGGUUUCCACUACUCCCGCGCCGAGCUGCGCGCUCUCGACCCGCCCGACGCCGGCUCGCUUCUGCCUCGGCGAGGCUCGCCGUGGACGUUCGACGCGGAGGGGCUCUGCGCGUCGCUGACGCGCGCCAAGGCCGCGUCCGAAGGGAGACUACCCGUUUACUGCCGCGUCAAGUCGGACCCUGUGCCGGAUGGCGUGCAGCUGCUGCCUUCGCACAAGCUCGUGCUGGUGGAGGGCAACUACCUGCUGCUGGGCGAGGAGGAGGAGCGGUGGGCGCCGCUCCUGCCCCUGAAAUGUCUAGGAAGUGUCUAGGAAGUGUCUAGGAAGUGUCUAGCAAGUGUCUAGGAAGUGGCUAGGAGGGGUCUAGGAAGUGUCUAGGAAGUGUCUAGGAAGUGUCUAGGAGGUGUCUAGGAGGUGUCUAGGAGGUGUCUAGGUGGGCGCCGCUCCUGACCCUCUGGGACGAGAAGUGGUUUGUGGCAUGCGCGUCCGCAGAGGAGCGCGCGAUUCCCCGAGAUUCCCCGAGAGUCCCCG